CCGCCAUACUCUUAUGCAACUUUAAUCGCUCACGCUAUCUUAUCCAGCAAAGACGGUCGUCUUACCUUGAGCGAUAUCUACAAGUGGAUUUCUGAAGCCUAUCCUUACUAUCAACGAGGCGUGAAAGGGUGGCAGAACUCCAUACGUCAUAACCUGUCUCUGAACAAAAAAUGGUUUGUCAAGCUCGAUCGCCGCCCUACUCAAGCACACCCGGGCAAAGGUGGAUACUGGACCCUU